AGACAGAAUUCGGCGCCAGGAGAAAGAGGCAAAGAGGCUCCAAGGGGGUGUUUUGUGAUAAAGCCAGUAGCCCCAGGAAUUCCCAGAGCCGGACGCAGGUGAAGGAGGCAACCAGGUGGGCCCAUAUCUCCUGACAAUAUGGAUUAUAAGUCCAGCCUGAUCCAGGAUGGGAACCCAAUGGAGAACUUGGAGAAGCAGUUGAUCUGUCCCAUCUGCCUGGAGAUGUUUACUAAACCAGUGGUCAUUUUGCCGUGCCAACACAACCUCUGCCGGAAGUGUGCCAAUGACAUCUUUCAGGCUGCAAAUCCCUACUGGACCAAUCGGGUUGGCUCGGUGUCCAUGUCUGGAGGCCGUUUCCGCUGCCCCUCCUGCCGUCACGAGGUGAUCAUGGACCGCCACGGAGUGUACGGCCUGCAGAGGAACCUUCUGGUGGAGAAUAUCAUCGACAUCUACAAGCAGGAGUACUCCAGCCGGCCCCUGCAGAAGGGCAGCCACCUCAUGUGCAAGGAGCACGAAGAUGAAAAAAUCAACAUCUACUGCCUCACCUGCGAGGUGCCCACCUGCUCCAUGUGCAAGGUGUUCGGAGUGCACAAGGCCUGUGAGGUGGCCCCACUGCAGAAUGUCUUUCAGGGACAAAAGAUGGAACUCAGUAACUGCAUCUCUAUGCUGGUAGCGGGGAAUGACCGUGUGCAGACCAUCAUCACUCAGCUGGAGGACUCUUGUCGAAUAACCAAGGAGAACAGUCACCAGGUGAAGGAAGAGCUGAGCCAGAAGUUUGACAUCCUGUAUGCCAUCCUGGACGAGAAGAAGAGUGAGCUGCUGCAGCGGAUCACGGGGGAGCAGGAAGAGAAACUCAGCUUCAUCGAGGCCCUCAUCCAGCAGUACCGGGAGCAGCUCAACAAGUCCACCAAGCUGGUGGAGACAGCCAUCCAGUCCCUGGACGAGCCUGGUGGGGCCACCUUCCUCUUGAGUGCCAAGCCACUCAUCAAAAGCAUUGUGGAAGCUUCCAAGGGUUGCCAGCUAGGGAAGAUAGAGCAGGGUUUUGAGAACAUGGACUACUUUACUCUGGACUUAGAGCACAUAGAAAACACCCUGAGGGCCAUUGACUUCACAACAGAUGAAGAGGAGGAAGAAGUCAUUGAAGAGGAAGAAGAUGAGGAUGAGGAAGAGUCCACAGAGGGGAAAGAAGAAGGACACCAGUAAGGAGCUGGAUGAAUGAGAGACCCUCUAAACACAGACAGACUGGGGAGGGUGGGGAUGGGCCCAGCUGUCUCAGACAGGCCCAGGGUGGGAAGGGCGGGGCCCCUGGAGGGGCAACGGGGAGGUGUGUCUUCCCUCUACUCAGAGAGCAGGGACUAGGGGUAGGACCCCACUGCCAGGUCCAGCGGCCAUUGAACCAGAAUUGGAUAUGUGCUUGAAACCACCACACAGAACACUUUUCUAUAUUGGUGCAAAAUGGAAUAUUUUGUAUAUUUUUUAAAAGUGAUUUUUUUUUUUUUUUUGUAUAUACUUGUAUAUGUAUGCCAAUUUGGUGCUUUUGUAAAGGAACUUUUGUAUGAUAAUGCCUGGUCAUUGUGUGACUGGCGAUUGUUAGAAAGAGGGGAAGGAAGGCAGAUUGAUACAUCUGACCACUUCUUUCUGAAGUAGCGGGGGGGCUGUGUAGCACUCACAGGCCUAGAAAAGGAUAACGUACUGUAUUUCAGUGCCUAUCUCUGACAUUCGGGGUGGUUACUAAGUUUGUGUUAUAUGUCGUUUUAAUAAAUGCACAGUGUUCUCUUCC